UUUAACUUCUAACGUCUGGUCACACUAAUCUGGUCACAAAAGUUUGUUUUUGUUCAUUCCAUCGAGGACAUUUUUUUCUUUUUUCAUCGAUUUUUGAGGAGCCGAAUAGAAUUUCCAUGACCCACCGUCAUCAGGACAUUCCUAUUCGUCCGCGUUACGGCUAUGUGGACGAGGAGAGUGGCCAGGAGCGGCCAGCAACGGGGGGACAGGCAACACCUGCUUCGUCGUACACAGAAAUCCCCUUUCUGGCCCAAUACCCUGGAGCAGUUCCAGAGCACGUCCUGCAGGAUCUCACACCCACGGCAGCGGGGAAUCCAUUGCCUAGGGGCCAAGGAAACGGUGCCCAUGGAGAGAGCUACGUCAAUCUAGACUCUGGCGAUGAAGAGGAUGUGGAGGAGGACGAUCCAGGGGACGAAGAUAACAGCAACUCGAACAGCAACUCCAAAGACAGUUCAGGGGAUCCGCAGGGAAUCAGACCGAAACAUGAUAAUCUCCAAUAUGAACUGGAAGGAGCAAGUGAAUCCGGGGGAAUGCGUCACUUUGUGGCUCAUGACCUGGAGGCCAAACUUCGGGAAGGAGUAGGUGCCUCUUCUCACACUGAUUGCUCAUCGGAACACACUACCCCCUCGACCUCAAUGGGGCCAGGAGCUGUGGGAGGAUCUACGGGGAGUGGCCUUCUGACCCGUCGAUUCCUUCAGUCGCGGAAUGUUCCCGAAGUUGAUGGCAGUGUUCUUAGCGACAUAGAGCUGGAGGCUCAGUACCUGGCCACCUCGGUGGACAAUCUGAUGGAAAACCUGGGGAAUCUGCUGCACUCCAUCUCCUCUAUAACAGCGGAUAAUGUCGAGGUGCACCGUAAUGCGGUCAACAAGCUGACAGAUACGUUAGAUGCCAACAUCAAGUGUCAGUACCAACUGCUGGCCAAAACGGAAGAGAUUACCAAGUCGAUGAAGCCCACGGAGCAGCUGGGCCAGCGGAUCCGGGAGAUUAAGCGACUGGUGGAUAUGCUGGACAGCACCAUGUAGAAGCUAUCCACUCUGUGAUCUGUGUGCAAUCAGAAAGAUCUUCUCCUUCUAGUCAUUCCUUAAUUAAAGUAUAAUUAAACCUCAAUUUUAAAUCUUUUUAA